GAGUCUCGAAGCCGCGCCCUCGGCCCGAGUCGCCGCGGUUGCAACGCACGCACAAGGGCCAGUGCCUCGACAUGCCGGUGUCUCGGGAUUUCGCGGGACCUGAUAGGAGAUAAACCCAAGGAUGACCCUCACAGAUCGCAAGGCCGGGACGAACGGACCCCGCUGGGAGGACGAGGACCAGGAACUCGCGGCCAGCGGGAGGAUCGGCCAGGACAUCGUCGUCGAGGCGAGGCUUAGAAGAUGCAGAGAGUACGAGAGCCUGCACUUCGAGCUGAUCCGCGGAGAGCUGCCCGUCUCUUCGAACCGAUAUCGAGUGCAGACCCGAGAGAACGUCGUCCAGCUGACCCUGAAGGAGUCCAGAAGAGACGACGCUGGCCAUUACUCGCUGAUCGCGAAGAACGUCUUCGGCAGCGCCUCGAAGAGGAUCCGCCUGGUCGUCGACGAGCCCAGCACCGACGACGGAGAUCCUCCGCUCUUCGUACGCCGAUUGUGCGACCUCGCGGUCAAGGUCGGCACCAGGACCAGGUUCCUGGUGGAGACUCGCAGCUCGACCGACCUCAAGGUCACGUGGCACAGGAACGACGUGCCCAUCCGGGAGAACUCCAGGUUCUCCUUUGUCCACGAGGGGAAUUUCUACUGCAUCGACGUGUCUCCCGUGACGAUCGACGACGAGGGGAACUGGACCUGCAUGGCGGAGAACCUGGGAGGGAGGUCGUCCUGCACGGCCUACCUCAGCGUCAUAGUGCCAAGGGCGUACAAGAGGCCGGAAUUCGUCGAGGAGCUUCGAGCCCUUCUCACGGAGACCGGGACGGUUUCCUUGGAGUGUAAGGUCGUCGGAGUGCCGACUCCUGUUUUAAGAUGGUAUAAAGACAACGAGGAGAUCAAAGCCGGAGAUGUCUUCGCCCUCACGGCCAACCCUGAGGACCCCACUUCUCUGGGGACCUACACCUGCGAGGCUGUGAACUGCAUGGGGACGACUUACUCCUCUUCCAGGGUCCACGUGAUGGGAAGAGGCAGUAGAGAGGGAUCCCUGAAACCCGCCGAUACCCUGGAGCCCUCGGGACCGCUUCCGAUUUUUCGGCUGCCCCUGAAGGACGAGGACUGCAAAAUCGGCGACAGCCUCGCGCUCUCUUGCUCGGUCCAGGUUCCACCCUGGCCAAAGGCGAUCAAUUGGUACAACGAGGCUGGCCGAGUCGAGCCUGGUGGUAGGUACCACCUCCUGGAGGAUGGCCUUGGUGGGUACUCCAUCGAGAUCAAGCCGGCGGAGGCCAUGGACCAGGGCGAGUGGAAAUGCGUCGCCACCAGCUUGGAGAACGUGAAGCAGUUCACGAGCUGCCACGUUGUAAUGUCCAUUCCCAAGAACUACAGGAAGCCUCGCUUCAUGGAGAGCCUCAGGGCGGUCCUCACGGAGGAGGGGUUGGUCUCCUUCGAGUGCAAGGUGGUUGGAUUCCCCACUCCUCUCUUGCGAUGGUUCAAGGAUGGACAGGAGCUUCGACCUGGGGAUGUCUACCAGCUGACCGGGACCAACUCGUUGGGGUCCUACUGUUGUAUCGCGAAGAACUGCAUGGGCGAAGCCAGGAGCACCGCGGAGCUGACGGUGGAGGACAUCCAAAACCAGCUAAACGAGGAGGAGCGUCUUCAGCUUCUGAGCGCCAACCAGCCCCCGAAAUUCAUCAAGGGCCUCAAGAGCUGCGAGGCGAAGAUCAACGAGGAUUUCCGAUUCACCGUCCAAGUCAGCGUUGCACCCGAGCCGGUACUGUCGUGGUACAGGGACGACGAACCGGUAAACGAAAACGACGAGCGAUACAAGGUCAUGAAGGAGUCCCUCGGUACUUGCCAUCUCGAUAUUCGCAAACUGGAAUUUUUGGACCAGGCCGAAUGGAAGUGCAUCGCCAGCAACAACUUCGGCCAGAGCGUGACGGCGUGCUUCCUGAAGCUCGUCAUCCCCAGGCACUUCAAGAAGCCGAAGUUCUUGGAGAACCUCCGAGCUUUACUGUCCAAUGAAGGAGCCGUUAACUUGGAGUGCAAAGUGAUAGGCGUUCCUCAGCCGGUCUUGAAGUGGUACAAGGAUGGCGAGGAACUGAAGCCUGGAGAUAUCCACAGGAUUGUCUCAGGUCGAGAUGGCACCUGCUGUCUGGGGACCUACACCUGCGAAGCCACGAAUUGCAUGGGCACAGUCAGCAGCUCGGCGUCUCUUCUGGGCUUCGAAGAUCGAGUCUCGGUGCGGAAGGAAGUGGAGAUAGUCCCCGGGCACGAGCUGACCCGCAACCUUUCGCUCUCGACGAUCCACGAGGAGAGAACCUCUCAACUCCACGAUACGACUCCGCACACGGAUCACUCGGUCACCCUGGAUGGUAGAGGAGAAGUCUCCUUCAGCUUCGACGGGAAAGAGGUAUCGGUCAGUCUCUACGAGACGCCAGACCUCACCGAAGAGGAGGCUCUGCAGAUCGUCGAGAUGUAUGCCGACCAGUUGUCGGAGCACGUCUCGGAGCACAACGUGAUCGAGCUGCCGCCGAUGCGAUUCGUGAAGGAGACCUCGACGUCCGGGAACCUGCUGAUGGAGGCGGUGGUGAUCGACGUCUCGCCGGAUUACUUCGUCUCGGCGGAGGAUUCCGACGACCUGCGAACCGAGGCCGACGUGGAGGGCAUGUCGAUGAUGGAGGACCGAACGGAGGCCUUGUCGUCUCCGGGAUUCGACCAGGUCGAGCUCCACGAGCAGGCGAAUGGUCCCUCCUGGCCCUCUCCCACGGCGGAUCCCGAACGACCGAAGAGACCCCCUAGGAAAAAAUCUGGGAGCAUCUCGUCGAGGGAGGAUCGCGAGCUGAGCGCCUUCACCUCGAUCAGCGCAAAGAGUCCCAGUCCGCGACCUAGUGAAUGCCAGAGUCCCAGGUUGGAAUCCGAGAGUUAUCACAGUGCGAGGGAGGCUGCACCGGACCUGGACCAGUCCCGGAGAGACGACAGCGAGGCUUUCGCCGAUGCUUUCAGUGCCUUUUCCGGAGUGGCGAGCGAGAAGUCGGACAACGAAGCCAAGGAUCAGGACUCUCGGCCAGGGAAGAGGAGAGUCAGCUUCGAUGGCACCUCCAGUCCGGAAUUCGCAUCCUCCUUCGACUCGGCGACCAGUCGAUCCAAACCCAAGUCAGAGGGAGACCGAACGACCGCCGCGGCCAGCGAGGACGAGGCUGGGAGAUCGAGAAAACGAAAGAAGAAGAAGAGGUCUCAGGACGAGGUCUCUUCAGGGAAGAGGCCCACGAAGAGCCUGUCGAAGACCAGCUCGGAGGAGUCCUCCGGGGCCAGUGGGGGGAAACGAGGGAACGUCUCCGGGAAAUCGGGAGAAGACGAGGAGAAGGCUGUCCAUCGGACGAAGAGUAACAAGGAGCGACUCCUGGACAGCAUCCGUGAUCUCUUGAGACCUGUCCUGGUGAUCAGGGAUGCCUUGAUCGACCCCGAUUCUCUGGUGGACUCGGCGGACCCGAAAAUCCGCGACGAGAGGAUCUCGCAGCGCGUGGUUCGUCCUAUCCGAAAUCUCUGCGACCAGGUCGCUGCGAUCGAGACGAAGGCGCUGCAGUCCGUUGGGGACACAUCCUUGGCUCAGGUCAUCAGGAUCUCCCUGUUGGAGACGAUAGGGGGUCCGGUAGAGGAGCUGUUAAGGGGGACCGAGUUGAUCGAGAGACAGGAAAGCGCUAGGACCGCGGAGUCCGACUCGAUCGUCCUGGAGUCCUUGACGGACCCCAUCGACGAGAUAGCCGCAGGACUCGUCAGGGUCGAACGCGAGUUGUCGGGUCAGGCCAAGCAUUCGAGGCCCAUUGCCUUGGAAAGGAUGGUCCACGCGACGACUCGCCUCGUCGAGGCUGUGGAAUUUUUCGACGUAUCCAAGGUGCCGAAUGACUCUUCCAGGCUUCUUCCAAUCCUGAAGGACCUCUCCAGGGAACUCGGCGAUUAUUUGGGAAGGGUCGCGGUGGAUCCUGAUACCGGAUCCAUGAGCUCCACCGACACGGUCAUCGUAGAGUCCUUGUCGAGGCCUCUUCAGGGUCUCGCUGGUACCCUUGCACGGACUAAAGAUGCUCCCUCUGACCAGGAACCAGGAAAGGAUUCGCUCAUCGAGGAUCUAGGACCUUCGGUCGAGGAGCUGAGGACCAAGCUGAAGAGCCUCAACGUCAUCGUGCAGAGCCAGGACGAGAGGAGUCCUGGUCUUGACUACCGAGGCACCGAGAACCACGUAGCCGCCCUGACGAGGACCGUGGCGAACCUCGAAGAGGAGAUGACCUCCAUCUCGGGAAGGGAGGACGAAUUUUCGAGAGAGCUCAUCCUGUCCGCUCAGAGACUCGGGCAGACCGUGGAAAGUCUGCCGGGGAAGAGAUUCGACUUUGAGAAGGCGCGACUGAUAGGGGUGCAGGAGGAGCUGAAGAAGACCCUGGAGAACGUAGUCCAGGACGCCAGGAAGAGGGAAACCCUCCAGGAGACCAUAAUACUCCUUGGAAGGUCCAUCGACGGACUGAACGAGGAGUCCUUCAGGCUCAAUUCUCGAUCCGAGGAAUGGGGACUUCCGAAGCUGACGGAGGCCUUGGAAACCCUGAAGGACGCCCUCGCCGAGACGAACCUGGCCGAGCUGGAGAACACUCGAGGUCUGGUAACGCGAACGAUCGAACAAUUUCGAGAGAAGCUGCAGGUGCAGCGGGACCAGAGGGUCCUGGCGAAGAUGAAGAGGUUCAAGGUCGCCGCGGAAAGCCUCGUCGAAAUCUCCUCUCGCUUCGAUGGAAGAAACGCGGUCCUUGUCCGCAGGGUCUUCGAGGAGCCCCUGGAGAGGAUCCUGGGAAGCCUUGGCAUCGUCCUGGAAAAAGUCCCCGAAGCGGCUGCAACGGAUGCUUUGGAAAGUCUCUUCAGGUGCGUCGGGAACGCAGGAAGGCUCGCAGGAUCCAUUGGCGACCUUAACGCAAAUGACGAAGAGGCCUCGCGAGUUCUCGAAGAGGUCUCGAAAAUGGCAGAUGAGGCGAUUCGCGAGGUCAAGGAGAAAUCCGCCGGAUUUCCUGAAGGUGGUAUCCACGAGAUUUCGCGGAGUCUUCGGGAAUUACGAAGCAGGGCUUGGGUCGCUGGGAAGAUCCUGAGGAACGACUCCCUAGUCAAGGAGGUUUCUCUACAGUUCGAAAAUAUCGCAGCGAUUCUUUGGCCGGACAAGGUCGACUCGGACGACGCGAUCAGGUGCCAGGUGAGGUCGCUCUCGAACGCGGUCUCGAUCGCCGAAAAAUUGCGCGCGGAGGUAGCCGAAGAGGAUAUUGAGGAGCGGUCGGAAGUCUCGAGGGAGCUGCAGAACGUCAUGGAAUGUUUGAUAAAAGAGUGGAGGGACCUCGUCCGGCAGAAAUCUCUGCUCGUCAGCGGUUCCAUGGAGAGCCUGGUCCCCUCUUUUCCGGUCAGGGCCAGAAACAGCGUGGCUGCGUUGAAAAAGGCGAUAUCCUCGAUUCAGUCCGAAAUCGGCUCGAGUAAAUUCGAAAGCGUCUUAGCCCCAGGUAGUCCACUCUACGUGGACUCCCUAAAUCGCCUGAAACACGCCCUGGAACUGAUAGAAACCAGAGGAAUCUCGGUGCUCUCCGAGCGACUCGCCGACCUCGCCAAGGAGGUGGACGGCAGGUCGAGAAGGCGAUCCGAGGGAAACUCUGGGAAAAGGGACGAGGCCAAGGCCAGGUCGUCGAGGUCCCCAUCGGUGGAGGAACCUCGAAACCUCUCGGAGAAAAUUCUAGAUCCUCUGAUUGGGGUGCAAUCUGCCGUCAGUGGAGUUCUUAGCGAUACCGGGGUGAUCGACGACGAGCUCUUCUGGGGAUCCGAAAUGGCGGCCAGCUUGCUGGAUCUUCGGCAAAGCGUGUCCAACGUGGCACACACUGCGACCACCCUGAAGGAGGGAGAGACGGUGAAGACCGUCCACGACCUCAAGGACUCCCUCUUGGAGCUGCAGCUAUCGCUCUCCUCGAAUUCGAUAACACCCCUGGAGGCGUCCAUGCUGGAGAAGCUGGUGGCACCUCUUCGUGAGCUGAAGAGCGUCGUCGAGGUGGUCCAACAGCACGAGAAGUCCAAGGGACCUGCAGGUAAAUCCGUCGCAUCGGUUAUCGCAGUCCUGGAGGACCUGGAGGAAAGCAUUCCUCGAGCUCUUCGGCAGGCGGGGACCAGGAGGAGACCUUCCGGGAUAGCACUAUUAACUCCUGGGAUCAUAGCCGAGCCGCUAAGUGCGGUGCAUUCUGCGAUUUCCGGAGCCCUGGAGCACCUUCAGGAGCGUCGAUCCUCGAUCAUCCUGGAUCUUGAAGAGGUGAGGAACAACGUGGGGUCCCUCGUAGCCUUGGCCUCUCUAGAGCGGCCGCCUAUUGACGAAGACGUGGUUGCCGAGCUGGCAGGGCUGAAGGAACCUCUGUUGAAGCUGAGGAAGGCUCUGGUUGUCAGCGAGGACCAGAAAUCCGAUUACUCCGAAGAGUGGAGUAUAGUGGAAUCCCUGGAGGACCCUCUUCGACGCUUGAAGGCGAUAUUCCUUGAUCUGGUGGAGGUUGCCGGCGUCCAGGCCAUCCUGCCUACCGUGGAGGUCCUGGAGGACAUCGAGAGGGACUUGGGGAAAAUGGCGGAGGUGAUCCAUCAUGCGAAGGAAACCGUCCAGGAGCCUAGAAAAUUGGAAACGGCCAGCGGGAAAAUUCCCGAAAUUUUCGAGGCGAUUCGCGUCUCGCUCUGCGCCAUGUCUCGAGAAAAUGAGAGACAGGAGGCUGAGAAGAGUGAAAAGAUCGAGAAGGACAAGGAACCUGUCGAAGAGGACACUCUUACGGACUCCAUAGGCGAGUUGACGAGAGUCGUCACUGACGUGGCUCUUGCCACUUCGUUCCCUGAACAGCUGGCAGCCGAGGUGGCAUUUGACGAAGAGGUGCUGGGAAAUCUCGGGCAGCUUACUAGACCCUUGAAGAAGCUCCUGGUCGCCUUGACGACUCAGAGAGAGACGAGCGACCUUGGGGUCCUGGAGAAUCUGGAUUCUCCCGUGAGGCAGCUACACGGAGUCGUUGAAGAGGCACUAAGGGAGACUCCAGGGUCUGCGAACCUGAAGAACGUCCUGGAGGUUAUCGAAGAAGUCGAAAACGCGAUUCCCAGGUGCGUCGAGCAGGUGCGUUACAAGAGGGACCUGGGAGAGGCGGCGAGUUCCCUGGAGGUAGCCGAUCUUCAGGCUCCACUUCAAGGCCAAUUGGGUGAGAUUAUCGGCGAGGAGACCAAGCCGAUAACGGACUCGCCUCCUAUCAGGGAAUCCGCCAGUGACAGACUGCACAGAGCCGCGGCAUCUCUCAACAGCACUCUGGAGGACUUCGAACAGCUGGCCGGGAGUCGACACGCCUCGAAGACCGCCACUUGUCUCGAGACCCUGAUGAACACCUUGGGGAAGACUGCCACCACUUUGACACGAUCGAGGAGCAAGGAACCGGAGACUGGAAGAUCCGAUGACGAAAAGGCAGCCCAGAAGCGCGAAGAGGAGGCGAGGACCGUAUUGGCCUUGAAAGAAUUAUCCCAACCCCUGGUCGAGCUUCGAAACGCUCUCAGCACCCAGAAUCUGGAUUCUGAAAAUCAAGGACCCAACAAACACGUGAUCCAGGAGCUGCUUAUCCUGAAUCGCUUGAAAGAGCCUCUUCGGGAUAUCAAGCUGAGCCUCAGCGAGGCCAGCGAGUCGGCCCUGAACUCCUCCCUCGAGGUCCUCCAGGAAAUCGACUCCCUGGUCCCUCUAGUCAUCGAAGAGAUCGACGCGAAGCAGCGAGUCCUGCGAGUCCUCGAAGAGGUCACGAAACCUCUCGAGGUGGUGAGAGAGUGCACCAGAGAUUUAGUCCAGGAGAACCUGCAGAAGUCCGUGGAAAGCGACGUGGCGUCGAUCAUCGUCGAGCCCCUGGAUGCUCUCUGGGAGGUCCUGGAAUCCAUUGGCCAGGACCUGGACCAGCUGGACCUCCAACGAGAGGUUGUCUUGGAAUUGAAUGCCCUGGUGGGACCAUUGAUAGAGUUCCAAAGCAGCUUGUCCGUGGUCAGGAGCAGCCGGAGUGCUGCUCCGGAGGUCGCUCUUCUGGACGAGAGGAGGAACGUCAUCUGCCAGGCUCUGGAAGGACUCAGGACCUCCUUGGCCUUGACCCUGGAGAGAACGGAAAAAAGUGGCAGGGCCUCGGAUCCGAUUUCUCGAGCAUUGGUGUCCCUGGACGAGGCCAUGGGUUCGGCUCAAUGCAGGGUCAGUGGCACCGAUUACUCCAGGAGACCGAGCAUCACCCUGAGGAGUCGCAUGGUCCUGCCCCUGGAGCACCUGGGAGGCGCCAUUUUGGCCCUGGAAGAACGAGCUGAUGACGCUACCUCUGGAAUCGUCAAAGACUCUCUGGAGGCUCUCAGGAAGCAGAUCGUCCUGGCCCAGACGCAAUUCGGCCAGCCCGAGCAGAGACCAGUUGAUGAAGAAGCCAUCGUGGAAGGCUUCCUCUAUCCCACGAAUCGGCUGAGGUCUGCACUAAUUGCGCUAAAGGAGAAGCAGAGCCAAGAAGAUGGAACAACCACUUCCUUGCAACCACUCGCUCCAGCGACUGCGGAGCUUCUUCGAGUUUUUGGGGACUGCACUGGAGAACUGUGCUCCUCUCUUCUGGUGCUGCAGGAUGAACUGCAACACGAAGCGACUGGACCAUCCAUUAUUGAGACCCUCUCCGCAGUGUUUCCUCCACUGGACGCCAUUCGAGAGCUCGUGAAAGAACUAGUGGGAGCUGGGCAGAAACCUGAAGAGGCCCUUGUCGAGGCUCCGGAUAAUGUUCCCUCGACGGUGGCGGUCACCGAAGUCGAAACUCUUGUUCUGGUGGAAGAGGUCCUUGAAGUGGCGAGUCGGGAAAUAGAGUGUCCUGUAGAUGCGAGAGAACUUCACGGACAACUGGUAUCCCUGCAGGAGUCGAUUUCGCCAUUGCUAUCCGGUGAACCGGAGACUCUUCUCGGCCUUCCUCAGGAACUCCUGGAGGAAUCCGUGGAUCUGAAACUAUUAACGAAACACUUGAAAGUCCUCGAAACUGCUGUGAAAGAGACCCAGACUCAAGGAAAUCUGUCGGAAAAGGUUUCUGAUAUUAAGAAGACGACGUCGUUGCUGAAGAACCUGCGACAGUCGGUCGCCAUGAUGAAGACUGCCGAGCAACAGUUAUAUGUAGAAGUAAGCGAACUUCCCGUUGCACUUUCUGCGGUUAUCGACGUACACACGGCUACCAUAACGGCCUUUGAAGAAGUUGAAGAAGCAAUUGAUAAAUUGACGGUAUCCCUGCAGACCGCUCAGGUCGGAUCACUUCCGGUGGAGCAGACUCGUGUCCUUUUCGCUCAGUUACAGUCCCUCCAGGAGUCCAUUUCCCCGGUUUUAUCUACCAUACAACCUCUUCAAGUUCCGAACGAGGAAGUUGCAGAUCUGCAAUCGUUAACGCAACAACUUGUAGUGCUCGAAAACGCCGUCGAAAUUGCGAAGACGGAAGGAGGAGCGAUGCUGAAGAGUCCUGAAGUCGAGUCGGCGACAGUCCUGCUGGAAGACCUGAGAAAGUCCGUCGUAGCUUUACGAGAAGCCGAAGAAAAAUGGCAGGAAGACGUUGGUGAACAUCCUGUCGCCUCUUUUGGAGGGUCCGGGGAAGUUGCAACACACACAGCCACCGAGGGCGUUCUUGAAGAAACGCUGCAAGCGAUCGGCCGGUUGAACGUCGCCUUGCAGACGUGUCAAGAAAAGUCCCUGGAAGAUCUUCCUCAGGUUGCCGAGAUCUCUCGUGUUGAGGAAGUUCCUGAAGACCUGGUAGAUAUUAAGGGAAGCGACAUUCAGCAAGCCACAGCUCGACCACUGGAGGAGCUCAUCGAGGCCAUCGUCGAGGGGGCAACCGAUGGCGGGGUCCUUGGAGAACGCCAGAGUUCGCCAAUGAUCGAAGCAGGGGUCGAAGAGGUUGUUGAAGAAGUUGAAAUGCAACAUGCCAAAGUAAUGGAAGCAGCACUACAGUCACCGGUAGAAGCUGUCCAAGGAGCGGUGGAACUUGAAGAGAGCAUGGAGCAGGUCGCUUCGGUUGGCACCUCUGUUGAAAUUUUCCAAGAAGCUGAGAUCCUGACUGAAGAAAAUGUUACUAUUACUGAGUCAUCGGUGGAGAUUCGGGAAAUAGAUGAAGAGAAGGUCCAGCGAAUCGGAGUGGAAGCUGUUGAAGCGACGAGGGAUGAAACGACGGCAUCCUUGGUGGUUGCAUCUGAAACUGCAGAAACAGCUGCAUUUAUCGAAGAGGUUCAGGAGCUUGCUCCGGUACUUGAAUCUUCGGUCGCGGUUCGAGAAAAAGAGGCUGAAGAGGUUCAACAGAUCGGACUUGAAUCUAUCUCAGUGAUAGCUGACGAAGCUGCUGCAGCCAUACCUAUCGAGGCUGGAAUUAAAGAAACAUCCGCAGUGGUUGAAGAGACCCAAGAGUUAGCUCCUGUUGCCGAAUCCUCCGUUGCUCUUCAAGGUCGCGCUGAAGAAGCGAUUCAGCAAGUCGGCUUAGAAUCUGUAGUAGUAACAAAAGACGAGGUGAUCACCGAAGUGCCGAUUACAGCUGAAUCUGCAGAGACAGCUGUGUCAGUUGAGGAAACUCAAGACCUCGGACCUGUUGCCGAGUCCUCAGUUGCAGUUCAGGGUCAGGUUGAAGAGAUCACUCAACAGGUCGGAGUGGAAUCUGUGGAGGUAACCAAAGAUGAAGUAUUUGCCGAUAUGUCGAUGGCAACUCAAUCUGCUGAAACAGCUGCAGCAGUGGAGGAAGUACAUGAACUCGCACCUGUUGCUGAGUCUUCGGUUGCAGUUCAGGGUCAGGUUGAAGAGGUCACUCAACAGGUCGGAGUGGAAUCUGUGGAGAUAACAAAAGAUGAAGUACUUACUAAUGUGUCGAUGGCAACUCAAUCCGCUGAAACAGCUGCAGCAGUGGAGGAAGUACAUGAACUCGCGCCUGCUGCUGAGUCUUCGGUUGCAGUUCAGGGUCAGGUUGAAGAAAUCACUCAACAGAUCGGGGUGGAAUCUGCAGAAAUAUCAAAGGACGAGAUUGCUACUGAUGGACUGAUUGCAGCUGAAUCUGCAGAAAUUGCUGUAGCCGUCGAGGAAGUGCAAGAACUUGCUCCCGUUGUCGAAUCCUCAGUUGCAGUCCAAGGCCAGGUUGAAGAGGAGAUUCAACAAAUUGGCGUAGAAUCUGUAGAAGUAGCAAAAGACGAAACAGCGACAGACAUGUCAGCAAUUAUUUCAGCAGUCGAAACGGCAACAGAGGUUGAAGAGAAGAAAGAACUCACCUCCGCAACCGAAUCCUUGAUUACCCCUGAAGGUAAACCUGAGGAAAGGGUUGAAGAAUCAGAAGCAUUAAAAGACGAAGUAACGGCUACUCUGUCAACAGCUGUUGAAACGGUUGAAACGACUCUUUCUGACGAGACGCAGGAGCACACUUCAACAAUUGAAACCGCAAUUGCAACAGAGAGUAAAGUUGAAGAAUUUCUGGAACAAAGUGGAGUGAAGUCUGUAGAAGUGCUGCAAGACGAAAACGCUACAGCUUUGUCAACUACAGCAGAAGCCGUAGAAACUGAAGAGGUGAAGGAAGAAGUUCCAACUCUAGAAUCUCCGAUCGUUGCCGAAGUUGAAGUGAAAGAAACUAUUCAACACGUGGGAGCAGAAUCAGUCGAAAUGAUAAAGGACGAGAUAACGACAAUCUUACCAGCCGAUGCAGAAAAUGCCGAAAAAGCGGCAGAAAUAGAGGAAUCGAGUGAACAGGCUUCAGCUAUUAAAUCCGCAGUUGAAAUUCAAGGAAAAGCAGAGGAAGUCGUAGAACAGAUCAGCGCAGAAUCUAUCGAAGAAAUUAAAGAAAAUCUGGAGCAAGUUUCUCCGGCCGAAACAUCGAUUGCUACCGAAGUCGAGGAAGCAGCUCAGAAAAUCGGAGCAGAAUCUGUUGAAGUGGUGAAGGAAGAGGAAACGGAGACUUUGGCUGUCCCUGUUGAAGCAGUUGAAGCGCCAAUAAAAAUCGAGGAAGUCAAAGAAGAGUUGUCGAGUGUUGAACUUCCAAUCGUAACUCAAGACACGGUGCAGGAAGUUAUUGAACAGGUCGGUGCAGAGUCGGUAGAGGUAUUAACUGAAGAAGUAGCAUCAUCACUUCAGGUUCCCAUCGAAAUAUCUGAAACUGUAACAGAAGUUGAAGAGACGAGGGACCAGGUUUCAGCUACCGAAUCUUCGGUUGCGGUCCAAGGAAAAGCAGAGGAAGUCGUCGAACAGAUUAGCGCAGAAUCGGUAUCAGAAAUUGAAAGAUCAGCUGAGCAAGUUACUUCGGUUGAAACGUCAAUUGCUGAAAAUGUCGAGGAAGCGGGCCAGAAAGUAGCUGCAGAAUCUGUUGAAGUAAUACAAGAAGAAGCUGCGGCAGCCUUGGCUGUUAUCGCGGAAGCUGUAGAAACUGCGGAAGAAGUUGAAGAAGCGAAGGAACACGUCGCUGCAAUCGAAUCUUCCAUUGCCACGGAGUCUAAAGUUGAAGAAUCCACUGAGCAAGUCGAAGUCCAAUCCGUGGAGCCAUCGAAGGAUGAACCAACGACGGAUUUGUCAACCGCUGUCGAGGUGCUCGAAACGACCGAAGUUGAAGAAAGGAAGAGUCAGGAUGUAGCUGCUGAAUUCUUGGUCGCAACUGAGAGCGAAAUCAAGGAAGUCGUCGAAAAGAUCGCCGCAGAAUCGGUAGAAAUAUCCAAGGAAGAAGAGUCUGCACCGUUCACUGUUUCCACUGAAGUUGAGGAAGCUGCCGUAGUAGUUGAAGAGACGAAAGAGCAGGAAUCAGUCAUCGAAUCCGCGAUUGUGACACAAGGUGAAGUUGCAGGUGAGAUUGCUCAACAGGUGGUUGUUGAGACCGUCGAAGUGGUACCUGAAGAAGCAACCGUGCCGUUCCUCGUUGCUGAAGAUGUCCAGAGUGCAGCAAAGAUCGAAGGAAUUAAAAUCGAAGAAAGUACUCAACUAGCGGCAACAGAGUCCAUAGAACUGGCGAAGGAAGAAAUACCUGCCGAGUUGCCGAUCGCCCUUGAAAUUGUCGAAGCAGCAACAGAAGUUGAAGAAGUUGCCGAACACGUUUCCGCCCUUGAAUCUUCGAUCGCGACCGAAGGAAGAGUUGAAGAGGUCAUCGAGCAGAUCGGGAAGGAGUCGGUAUCUCUGUUACCCGCAGAAACAGCAUCCUCGCUGGAACUUCCUGCUGUUGCUGCCGAAAAUGCCGCAGAAGCUGAAGAAGUUAAACAAGAAGAGAUCGCCACCGAAACCUUGGUCCCGACGCAAGUCGCACCUGCCGAGAUGAAAGAAACUGAAGAACAGAUUUUAGAAACAGACGCGGCGGAAUCUUUAGAUGUCGAAGAACUCGAAGAACUUGCACUGGCCGACUGGUCCGUCGUUUCUAGAUUAUUGGAACCGGUCCAAAAAAUAGAAAGAGCCAUCGUGGACAUUGACACGGAGCUUAGUCUCGUUCUUCGUGAACUAGGCGAAGAGGAAGCUGAAAAGACAGAAAAUGUGACGGUCCACGAUGCUUUGCGUUCUCUGGUGGAUCCAUUGGUGAACGUCGAGGCGGCUUUCUCGGCCAUCUUGAAAGAGGAAGCAGAGGCCGAAGAGGCUGAAGAGCUUCCUGAAAAGGCGGUCGACCAUGAAGAGGCUACCCAAGCGGUAGUAGAUUCUCUCUUCGAGCUGGAGAGGUUCAUGUCGGUGCUGGUGGAAAGAACGGCGGCGAGUGUCGCGGAACAUGCCGAAGAGGAGGCUGAUAAUUUGGAUGAGCUGAUUCAACCUCUGCGAGAACUCGGAGAGGCCAUCGUUACCAUUCAGGAAUCUCCGGUGACGUACUUGGAACAUCUGGAAAGGCCUUUGGAAGCUGUGAGGAUUGCGAUGGAAAUUGUUCGAGAGAAGAUAGUCGCUGCAGCUGCUUCGCCUCUGCCUCCUGAAGAAGAGGAACUACACCCGGAAGGGACUGACUACUCCGAGGAAAUAAGAACGAGUCAGAGCACUCCUGGGGACGACCUUGAAAUGGAGGAAGAAGAGGCUGAAGUAGAAGUCGAGGAAGAACUUGCUCGGCGCGAAAAGGAAGAAAAGGAACGAGAGACUCGACGACUGGAAGAAGAAGCUCAGCGAGUGAAGGAAAGAGAAGAGCAGGAGCGUAUUGCAAGAGAAGAGCUCGAGCAAGAGAAAAAAGAAGAACAGGAGCGUGUUGAGCAAGAGGAACUUGAGCGAAAAAGGAAAGAAGAGCUAGAGCGUCUUGAAAGAGAGGAGAUUGAGCGAAAAACGAAAGAAGAGCAGGAGCGCCUUGAAAAGGAGAAAAUUGAGCGAAAGAAAAGAGAAGAGCAGGAGCGUAUUGAGCGAGAAAAAAAAGAGGAGCAAGAGCGCCUUGAAAGGGAGGAAAUUGAACGAAAGAAAAAAGACGAGCAGGAGCGUCUCGAGCGAGAGGAACUUGAGCAAAAAAAGAAAGAAGAGCAAGAACGUCUUGAAAGAGAGGAAAUUGAACGAAAGAAAAAAGAAGAGCAGGAGCGACUCGAGCGAGAGGAGCUUGAGCAAAAAAAGAAAGAAGAGCAAGAACGUCUUGAAAGAGAGGAAAUUGAACGAAAGAAAAAAGAAGAGCAAGAGCGCCUUGAAAGGGAGGAAAUUGAGCGAAAAAAGAAAGAAGAGCAAGAGCGCCUUGAAAGGGAGGAAACUGAGCGAAAAAAGCAAGAAGAGCAAGAGCGCCUAGAGAGAGAGGAAAUUGAACGAAAAAAGAAAGAAGAAGAAGACCGCCUUGAGCGAGAGGAGCUUGAACGAAAAGAGAAAGAAAAGCAAGAGCGUCUUCAGCACGAGGAACGUGAACGAAAAGAAAAAGAAGAACGCGAACAUCUUGAACGUGAGGAACGCGAAAGGAAAAAAGAAGAAGAGGAGCGUCUUGCCCGAGAACAGCAGCGACUUGAGAGACAGGAAAUUGAACGGAAAGAGAAAGAAGAACAGGAGCGUCUUGAGCUUGAGGAACGAAAGAAAAGGGAAGAACAGGCACGUCUCGAACGCGAUGAGCUUGAAAGGCAAAAGAAAAAGGAAGAGCAAGAACGUUUAGAAAAAGAAGAGUUGGAACGAAAGAAAAAAGAAGAACAGGAACGUCUCAAUCGAGAGGAACGUGAACGAAAGGAAAGAGACGAGCGGGAACGUCUGGAAAGGGAGGAGUUGGAACGAAAAAAGAAGGAGGAAGAAGAGCGCCUUGAACGAGAAGAGCUUGAGCGCAAGAAACAGGAAGAAAAAGAACGUCUUGAGAGAGAGGAACGCGAAAGGAAGGAAAAGGAGGAACGAGAACGUCUUGAACGCGAAGAACUCGAGCGCAAGAAAAAGGAAGAAAAAGAACGUCUUGAGAGAGAGGAACGCGAAAGGGCAGAACAGGAGGAACGAGAACGACUUGAACGCGAAGAACUCGAGCGCAAGAAAAAGGAAGAAAAAGAACGUCUUGAGAGAGAGGAACGCGAAAGGACAGAAAAGGAGGAACGAGAACGUCUUGAACGCGAAGAACUUGAGCACAAGAAAAAGGAAGAACAAAAACGACUUGAGAGAGAGGAACGCGAGAGAAAGGAAAAGGAAGACCGAGAACGCCUCGAAAGAGAGGAAAUUGAACGAAAGAAAAAGGAAGAACAAGAACGCCUUGAACGAGAAGAGCUUGAGCGGAAGAAAAAGGAAGAACAGGAACGUCUAGAGCAAGAAGAGCUUGAGCGGAAGAAAAAGAAAGAGGAACAAGAACGCCUCGAAAAAGAGGAAAACAAGCGCAAAAAGAAGGAAGAGAAUGAACGUGUAGAGCGAGAAGAGCUUGAGCGAAAGAAAAAAGAGGAGCAAGAGCGCCUCGAACGGGAAGAACUCGAGCGAAAGAAAAAAGAGGAACAAGAACGCCUUGAACGGGAAGAACGCGAGCGAAAGAAAAAAGAAGAACAAGAACGUCUUGAACGGGAAGAAAUUGAGCGAAAGAAAAAAGAGGAACAAGAACGUGUUGAAAAAGAGGAAGCUGAACGAAAAAAGAAAGAAGAGCAGGAGCGUCUUGAAAGAGAGGAGCGUGAAAGAAAAAAGAAAAAGAAACUGGAGCGGCUGGAGCGAGAGGAACGUGAACGAAAAGAGGAAGAGGAGCGAGAGCGUCUUGAAAGGGAGGAAGCUGAGCGAAAAAAGAAAGAAGAGCAAGAACGACUUGAGCGAGAGGAGCAAGAACGGAAGGAAAAGGAGGAACAGGAACGUCUUGAACAAGAGGAGCUGAAACGAAAGAAAAAAGAAGAACAGGAACGUCUCGAGCGAGAGGAAGAGGAGCGUAAGAAACAGGAAGCCGAACGCAUAAAAAAAGAAAAAGAAGAACGACUGAAGCGCGAGGAGGAGGAACGGAAAAAACAAGAGGAGGAAGAACGAGUCAAGCGCGAGGAAAAGAAACGCAAGAAAAUGGAAGAACAGGAGCGUCUCAAGCGGGAAGAGGAGGAGCGUAAAAAAAAGGAAGAGCAGGAACGUUUAGAGAAGGAGGAAGCUGAGAAACAGCGGAAAAAGGAGGAGGACCUGAAAAAGAAAGAAGAGGCUCGAAAGAAGGAGGAAGAAGCUGAGCGGAAGAAACAAGAAGAGCUCGAGAAGAAAAAAAAAUUGGAGGCCGAGCGAGUUAAACAGGAAGAGGAGGAAUCUCGGCGAAAGGCUCAGGAAGCUGCCGAGAAAGCCAAAAAACUAAAAGAGGAGAACAUGCAAAAGGAAGAAGCUAAACGCAAAAAAAUUGAGCAAGAAAAAGCGGAAAAGGAGGAAGCCGACCGUCUAAAGAGAGAGAAGGACGAGCAAUCAAGAAAAGAGGAAGCCGAGCGGAGAGAACUCGAGCUUCAGAACCGGGAGGACCGGAAACGGAAGCAGCAGGCAGAGGAGGAAGAAUGUAAAAAGAGAGUCGUGGAAGAGCGAAAAAUGCGCGAGGAUGAGGAGCGCUUGAAGAGACGCACCGAGAAACAGCUGAUCGCUGAAGAAGAGCGAGUUCGAUCUCAAAGAGAAACCAAUCGAGCGAUGAAGAGGACGGACCGCGAAGAAAGGAAACGAGAAGUGAUGGAGCGAUUGCAACAGGAAGGAGAGGAUUGCCUGAAAAAAGAGGAGCGCAAACGUCGCGCAAGGAAAGAUCAGACCGAAGACGAGCAUCGCGCAGAUGACAACCUGACUGAAAGAACUCAAGAAAACGAUACGCAGAAAAUCGAAGGAAAAAAAAGGAGAAGACGAUCCGAGGUGGAUACAAUCGAAAAGUACUCGAUCAGUGAACCAGGCUUGCCAAAAAGCGAAUUAGCGAAAACAUCUUCAUUCGGGCCAGAAGACGAAGAGGCGGGAUACCAGACGCAACGACUAGAAGAGUGGUGUACUCCAGAAAAAGUGAGACCAAUCUCUGAAAUUCGUUACGUCGCGGAUGUCAGAAUGAAAGAGAUCCGAGCGGUGAAUCUUCACUUACACGAAAGGGACACUUCUCCGGUUCGCCGAGCAAGGAUCCCAGGGAAGCUGAGUUCCUGGUCCUCCGAGAUCUUCACGACCCAAGCCGAUGCCCCGAAGGACCGCGAGAAAAGGGACGCCGAAGCGAGCGUCCGUCGACCGUUCUUCUGCACAAGGCUGAGAGACCGGACGGUGGUCGGAGGCACAAGGGUGAAGCUGAUGUGCGCAUUCCUGGGUCAUCCAGAACCUGAAGUGUCCUGGACCAGAAACGGAGCAAAACUAGGAACCAGCGGUCGAUAUCGUGCCAGCAUGCAGCAGGGUGGAGUAGCCUGCUUAGAAUUCUUCUCGAUUUCCCCUGACGAUUCCGGAGACUACGCCUGCGAGGCCUCCAAUCCUCACGGUUUCUCCUCUACGGAAUGCAGGAUCACGGUUCGACCAGACCUCGUGACCGCUCCUGCGAUCGUGCCCAGACCCUUCGUCACCAGUCUCCUGAAAGACUCGUACAGACCCGCCGAGAACGUCCUCAUCCUGGAGUGCAGGAUCCUGGGAGAGACUUCUCCGAAGAUAUCCUGGCUGAAGGACGGGACCCUUCUCCAGGGUAGCCGCUACGAGCAGCAGAGCGACCUGCAGGAAGGAAUCUGUCGUUUAAGGAUUUUUAAUCCCGUUUCCACUGACAGCGGGCGGUACAUCUGUAGAGCGGAAGGUUUCUCCUUCAGCGACCAGAUAUCCCACGUGGUCCACUUCGAAGGACACGAAAAGCACACCCCUAGCAGAUUCCGCGAUAGAGCCUCCCCUCAACCCGCGAUUCCCCCCAGGGGUAAACCAAGAUUCGCCAGUGCGUUAGCCGACCACAGUGUACCAGCUGGUGGAACCAUUGCCCUGCAGGUCGAAGUCAGAGGUUCUCCAUCUCCAGAGGUGAUGUGGCUGCACGGGGAGAGGAAGGUUCCCGUCUGCUCCCCGAAGGUGAGGACCUUCUCCGAGGCUGGAAUUCAUACCCUGUUGGUCCCGGAAGCCACGGAAUCCGAGGGUGGCACCUACGUCUGCAGAGCGAGCAACGUCCAUGGAUUGACGGAGACAAUCGCCAUGGUUCAGGUCGUCGCUCCGAGUUCUGUAAAAGGAGGAAAACCCGCCAUGUUCGUCACCAGGCCUGACGAUUGGAUGACAGUGACAACCGGCGAGGACGUCAGCGUGUCCUUCAGGGUGACUGGCACCCCGAAGCCUAGGGUGACUUGGAUGAAGGGAAUAAGAGACAUCACGAACAGCACGCGAUCCGUUAAGGAGGUCCACGACGACUACGUUCGGUUCACCUUGAAGAGAGCCUUGCCCUCCGACGAAGGCACCUACUGCAUCCUGGCGAAAAAUUGCUACGGAUGCGACAGGGCGUUCUUCACGUUGAAGGUAAGGACUCGAGCCAGAUCGCUGACGCCGACGACCGAUUCUUGGGGAAGUUCGGACACUAAUAGCCUCCUCAGCCAUAUCCACAACAAAGAGAGGUCCUAUGUCAAAAAUGUCCCUGGUCCCAUUCGAAGCGAACCCAUUGCCAUCGACGGUGGGAAGAACUGGCUGGCUUUGACAUGGGGAAAAGCGGAGCAACGUGGAUCAGCCCCUGUGAUCGCCUACAAGGUCGACGCCUGGCUGAUGGGUGGAGACGGAGGGGCUCGAUGGACCGAGCUUGGAAUAACGCCAAUCAACGCAUACGACGCGUUCAACCUUCGACCUGGCGGAGAGUACACAUUUCGAAUUACCCCUAGAAGUCGGUACGGCUGGGGAGAGUCGAUGGUCUCGACGUCGACCAUCGUCGUGGGAGGUGUGGCUGAGAUUCCCGAAUUUACGAGGGUACUCCCCGGUCAGCUGAAGGCCCUCGUUGGUUCCACCGUGAACCUGGAAUGCGAGGUUCGGGAAAGGUCGAAGGUAACCAGCAUGCGUUGGUUCCGAGACGUGACUCCAAUAGAAGAGCAGGAUGACCCCAGGUAUGUCGUCCGGAAUAAUGACACCGAAAGCUCUCUCACCAUCAGAGACAUUAACGAAGACGACUCUGGGAGGUACUUCUGCGAAGCUACCAGUGAUGCUGGGAGGGCUUCCACGUUCGCCAGGGUCUUCGUCGUCACCAGUCCUCGCGUCUUCGAGGCGGACACCAACCUGAGGAGAGUCCUCGACGAAACUCCCGUCGAGGUGCCCCCGCAGUUUACGAUGAGGCUUCGAGACCGACGCGUGCAAGCGACUUAUCCCGUGAGAUUGACUUGUCAAGUCAUUGGCAAUCCAGAACCGGAAGUGACCUGGUUCAAGGACGGCAAGGAGAUCCAGCGGAGAGAAGGAAUGUACACCUUCUGGAACGACGAGGCGCACUUUUACACCCUGGAGAUCGUUCACUCCAGUCUGGAGGACUCUGGAUGCUACAUGGCGACCGCCAGGAAUCCCAAUGGCUCCGUUUCCUGCCGAUGCAGCCUCGUCGUCGACAAAGGCAUCCGAGCUUACAUCGCUCCCGAGUUUUUGCGAGGAUUGGACGACUUUUAUACCGUAAAGGCCGGUGGGGAACUGAGGAUGGCCGCCCAGAUAGAGGCGUACCCCUCGGUCGGAGUUGUAUGGUUUAGAAACGGAGUUAGACUGAGACCCAGCAGAAAGAUCGUGAUGACUCUGAGCCACGAUGGGACCGUGGAGAUGUCCAUGGCAGGCGUCUCGAUAAGGGACGAGGGGAUUUACGUCUGCACCGCGAACAACGAAGUCGGGAAAGUGGAGACGAGCACGAAAGUCGCCGUCCUGAAGACAGACGACGGAGACACGAGCUACCCUGAAAUCUCGAUAUCCGCACCGUCGGACACCUUCACGACCACCGACGUCCCGUACUCUAAGGUCCCUCUAUUCGUGACGAAGCCGUUGUCCACCGAGGCCGUCGAGGGUGAGACGGUGGUGAUUCUCUGCGAGGUGGUGGGCGACCCUAAACCAGAAGUGAUGUGGCUCAGAGACUUCUUGAAGCCGGGCUAUUACAAGGACGCGCAGCAUUUUCGGAUGGUAGGUGCAGGACCGCAGUAUCGCCUGGAGAUCCCUUACGCAAAACUCGACUUCACCGGCACUUACUCCGUGAUCGCGAAAAAUUGUCAUGGGGAAGCGAAGGCCGUGAUCUCUUUGCAGAUUUAUGCCAAAGGCCAAGGCAGGGAAGACACCAUGAAGCGAUCCUCCGUCAGGACUGGAAAGGUUCUGACUUUGCCGAUAGUUAAGAAGGACCUGAGAGACCUGAGAUGCUGCGACGGAGACGCGGUCACGUUUAAAUGUAAGGUGUCAGCAAGCCCCGAACCGGACAUCCGAUGGGAGAAGGGAGGAAAGUUGAUACCACUAGGAGAUGACUUUAUGACGAGCUUCGAUGGGGAAACGGCUCGGCUGAGCAUCCAGAACGUUUACCCUGAAGACGAGGGAGAGUACACUUGCAUCGCGUACAACGAUCUCGGGAGAGCAUUUACUUCGGCGUGUCUCGUGGUCGACGUGCCCGAGGAAAAGGAGGUGCUGCUCAGCAGACAGCUGUCUAGACCCACCGGUCUGCUGUCAGCUGGAUCGACUCCUCGUUCAACUCCUCGCUCUACUCCCGUCAGGAGUCUCUCACCUUCCAUGACACGAGGUCGGGAAUUCAAGACACCAGCCCGAAGCACGAACCUGAAGCGCGCUAAAGUGACUGCUCCAAAGUUUUACGCGGUUCCCCAUAAUCGAGUGGCCGAAGAAGGUGAAACGGUUCGAUUCCAAUGUGCCAUCGCUGGUCACCCGUCGCCAUGGGCGUCCUGGGACAAGGACGGCGAGCGUGUCACCCCCAGCGCCAGGAUCUCGAUCCAGGAAAAGGACGACCUCAGGGUCCUCGAAAUCUCCGAAGUCACUCUCGAGGACGCUGGGCUGUACAGAGUCACCGUAGAGAAUAAUAUAGGCCGGGUGGAGGCGACUGCCAGGCUCGAUAUAAUCGGUCACCACGGGUCCCUUUCUCGGACCGUCAGAACCAGAAGUGCCUCGCCAAGGUCUUGCCCUACUUAUGGCCGAGGUCUUGUUGGGUCUGCCGCGAGAGUCAAUGGACGUCUUCAGCUUCCCAGCGACGCGCGAAGCGGCACUCGAAGCCCCACUCCGGCGUCUCAGAGAAAUGGGAAGCAGUACGUGCAGUCGAGCAAGGCCGAGCAUAACGGAAAUGGGAGAAUUUCCGCGGCAAAAAAGAAGACGAGGCCUCGUGCCAACGGAGACUGCGACAAAAGGGAAACUGCAAUCCUGAAUGGGAGCCCUCGCGUACAAAAAGACAAUGCAAACGCCAAACUGGUGAACCCAAGACGAGGCAGGCAGUGCUGCUCCAAUCAGCCAAAAAGACACGAAGCGAUGCGUCCGUCCUCGAGGAGGGUCGCGACUCGAGGACUGCAAGAGAAAAACGAGAAAGCUCGGAUUUCGAAGACGUGCUCGAAAAUCGAAGGGAAGUCCGGGGCUCCUACUCCGAGAUCUCGAACUUCCGAGCAAACGAAAGCUCCGAAAAGCCCGCAGACGCGAGAGGAAGUUAAAUUGAAUUCGAUCGGCGAGUUCACCCCUGAUAGAUCCGAAAAUCUCGAGGACGGAACCACAUCGAGGAUCGUCGAGAAAAAAGCGUCAUCGCCUAAGGAUCAUUCGGGAGAAAUCAUCCAGCCGAGUUUCCAUCCACAGCCGGUGGUCACGCUAGAAUCGCCAAUAGACGUAAUCGCCCUGAAAGGAACUAAAGUGUUCCUGAGAGUGGCUUAUCGCGGACACCCGGAACCGCGAGUUAAAUGGUUCAUAGCGGGUCGAGAACUGACGUCGAGCGACGAGGUGAAAAUUACCACCGGCGAGGGCAUCUCCUGCCUUUUCCUGGAGAAGGUGACACCAGGUCUGGCAGGGAAGUACACCGUCUCCCUGGAGAACUGCUCCGGCACGGAGUGGAGAUGCGCUAGCAUCGUUGUCGAAGGCCCACCGGACCCACCUGCUGGGAUCCCCAACGCUGCUUCAGGAAUUCGAGAGGCCAUUUUAACGUGGAAUUCACCGCACUACGACGGCGGGAGUGCCGUUACGGGAUAUUCUCUGGACCUGAGGCGAGUCAACGAGCAGACCUGGACGGUCGUCGCGGAAGGCUGUCACUCCCUAAAUCACGCCAUCGGAGGUCUGACACCGGGAGAUGCGCUCAGCUUCCGCGUCAGGGCUGAAAACGCUCACGGUACCAGCGAGCCGAGCGCAGAGUCCAACGUGGUUCACAUUCUGGACGACGGAAAUCCAUUCGAAGCCAUUUUCGAGGCACCCAUGGCAGCCCUCGAGGACGGCAAGUCCUUCGAAAGGCGUUACCUGGUUCACGAAGAGCUCGGCAAGGGCAGAUACGGGACGGUCAGAAGAGUCGUGGAGAAGUGCAGUGGCCAAAGUCUGGCGGCGAAGUUCCUCAGGACGAUCAAGUCGAAGGACAGGGAGCGGGUCUACGAGGAGAUCAGGAUCAUGAAGGCGUUGAGACACCCGAAGCUGCUCCGGCUGGACGCCGCCUUCGAGAGCCCCAGAGAGAUCGUCAUGGUCAUGGAAUACAUCUCCGGGGGUGAGCUCUUCGAGAGGGUCGUGGCCGACGACUUCACCCUCACGGAGCGGGACAGCAUCCUCUUCAUCAAGCAGAUCUGCGAAGGGGUCGAGUACAUGCAUCAGAACAACGUCGUGCACUUGGACUUGAAACCGGAGAACGUGAUGUGCCAUACGCGGACUUCCCACGAAAUAAAGCUGAUCGACUUCGGCCUGGCCCAGAUUCUGAAGCCCGGGACACCCGUGAGAGUACUUUUCGGCACGCCGGAAUUUAUUCCCCCUGAAAUCAUCAAUUACGAGCCCAUCGGCACGGAGUCGGACAUGUGGAGCGUCGGCGUAAUUUGUUACGUGCUUUUAACGGGACUUUCGCCCUUCAUGGGCGACAACGACGCCGAGACCUUCGCCAACAUCACCCGGGCAGAUUACGACUUCGACGACGAAGCCUUCGACGCCAUCUCUCAGAAUGCCAAAGAUUUCAUAAGCGCCCUGCUGGAGAAGAAAAAAGAACUUCGCAUGCCGGCGAAGGAAUGCCUAGAGCAUCCCUGGUUGGCCCAACAUACCGAGAGAAUGAGCAGCAUAGCACUCUCGACGGAGAAGCUGAAGAAGUUCAUCGUCCGUAGGAAGUGGCAGAAAACCGGGAACGCCAUCCGAGCCCUGGGAAGAAUGGCGAACCUUUCCGCGAACAGUCGCAGGAGUUCCUCGACGACCAGCUCGGACCCUCCGUCGCCAGUCGAGACCCAAAGUCCGGUGACGCUGGAGGAAGAAAAAACGAUCGUUCCCCAGGAUCUCGAGGCGUCCUUGGAAGAGGACCUCGUGAGCAAACUAGAGUUCGAUUCUCCGAGCGUUCCUUUGCCUCCUGCCUUCUCCCUGUGGUCCCAGAAUCUGCUGGGAAAAGGCGAUCUAAGCAUUCCCGAAGAGGAGACCUCUUCCAUCGCGCUCGUGGAAGAGUCCUCUCGUCUCGAUACCGGCACACCUGCCGUCCAAGAGAGCGAUUCAGGUGAGGGAAUUAUACGCUACCAGUCGGCGGGAGCAGAAAUCCCUGACCUCGCGCAAGACGAGCGGCAGGAGGCGAAGGAAUCCGAGGAGAUAAGUUCCAGCGAGAGCUCGGCUCCGGAUCAGCCUCUAUCUCUGGGAGAGGAAGAACAGAAUUUCGGCGCCAUCGGUGAGGACCUGUCUUCGGCUGCUGUGGAAAAAGCCGAGGAAAAAGAUAAGAGACCGGGGCUGAGCCGGGGCCGCGUGAUCCACACCGGGAGCGUCAGUCGCACCGCCAGGAUGUUCGAGAAAGAGGAGACCUCGCCGUCCGACGAGUGUCCUCGGGGCUCCUUCCGUCGUCCUUCUUCGGCGCUUUCCAGCGUCGGGAAGUCCCAAAACGAGGGCAUUCGCCGGGCCUUCGCCUUCUGGAACAAAUGAGCGUCGAUACUAGAGGUUCCACGGGAAAGGUCCCACGUAUUCCCGGGAAUUCCUGGCUCGGCCUCGCGGCGCCGUUAAGCUCGUCAAUAUCUAACCAAAAAAGACUCGAGGGGGCGAGGAAAUUCUACGUUACGCCUCGGAAAUCGCCGGGUCGCCGGUGUUCUUCGCGAUAACCAGACAUUUCUUUAGCGACUAAGUAUGUACGUCUACGCGGGUUUCGCGAGAGAGUAGGGGAGAUAUAUUCGAAUGCAAGAGUGAGCAGGAGGCACGAGUGAUGGGAACUCCCCGACCGUACUAUUGUAGCGCCUUUUCUACUUUAGCAACCACGCUCUAGGAAACAGGGGUAAUUGUUUUCAAAACAAACCGCACGACCCGCGUGGUAGCCGUAUUGCGAUUGCUCCCUAGGAAGGUAGCUCGUUACUCCACCUGAUGCAGUGCGAGGGUGUGUGUGAAUAAAGAAGUUGUGGUACAUGA